CAUUUCUCCAGUCCGACGCGCAGCGCGCACACGCACACCCAUUCACAAAUCGCACAAUGUCGGCCGCCAGCACCGAGACGAGCGCCCCGCUGCCCACCGCUGGCAGCCGCGUCUUCUUCCAGGCUGCGCCCGGGGUGGGCUGCGCGGGCUCCGGCCCCAUCACCGGGGACGACCCGGUCCAGAAGAAGCAGGGCAAAGUGACGGUGAAGUACGACAGGAAAGAGCUGCGGAAAAGACUCGUGCUGGAGGAGUGGAUCAUCGAGCAGCUCAGCGAGUUGUAUGACUGCGAGGAGGAGGAGAUGCCGGAGGUAGAAAUAGACAUUGAUGACCUGCUGGAGGUCAACAGUGACGAUGAGAGAGCCAGUAAAUUACAGGAAUCAUUAAUAGACUGUUACAAACCAACAGAGGACUUUGUCCGCGAGUUGCUGUGCAGGAUACGGGGAAUGAGAAAACUCAGUGCACCAACGAAGAAGGGCCUAUAAUGGCUGUGGUAGCAGCCAUCCAACAAUUGCCACAACAACGCCACCUAGUGUACCGAACAUGGACUUCUCACAAAUGAAAACACACUGUAAUGUAAUAAGUAAACAUUCUGCAACCUGUGAUGAUGUACUGUAGAAUCCAUGCAUAUAGCACGAUUAGAUAGAGUGAUAAUAUUUGAUAAUUGACAGGUACAUACCGUAACAGAUAGCCUACAACACAAAACCCUGGACUGUGCCAGUACUGCAGAUGUGCUUUUAAAGGGGUCAUCUUGUGCAAA